AUGAAGAAACCCUGUAGUCUGCGCAUUUGCCUGUACAGUUCCAGAUGGCUGGUGGUUGUGGCCGUCUUGAGCACAAGAUGUGCGGCUGAGAUCAGGGCGCACCAGCGCUUCCACAAAGAAACGGGUGGCCUCCGCGCCACCGUGGGGGCUGACGGCAGCGCCUCGCUGCACCAGGGAUUCCUCCAAGCUGGAGGACGCAGCCGCUCUCCGUUCUGCCAAGCGCUAUGCAAGAAGUCCGACGUCGAGAAGAAUGGGCUGGCAAGGUGCAAGGACUUGUCAGAGAAAGACUGCCGGUCCAUGCAGUACUACGCUCGGGGCCUCUACGGGGAGAGGAGGCUCUGCCUGUGGCAGCCGAGGUGGGGGUGUUCCGAGGACUGGACGACUGCAUGCAUCUCCGAGCUGCCCUGCAAUAGUUCAGGCCCCCACUUGCCAGCGCUAUCUGCGUGCGAAGCACUCUGCUUCAAGACGGACGUGAAGAGCUUCGACUCGUCUUGCUCCAGCCUGUCACAGCCGGAGUGUGACAGCGGGCAGUUCUACGAGACCGAUGCAAACGGCACACGCAAGAUGUGCUCUUUCCGAAGCCCUGGAGUUUGCGAGCGAUCGCUUCAAGAGAGCUGUGAAGCAUCGCUGUCCAGCUGUCCCAGCAGUACCAGUGCCAGAGACAGCCCGCUCGAUGCCGUCAGCAACAGCUCGCUGUCCCUCUGCAGAUCCCUGUGCUACAAGACGAAUGUAGCGGUUACCGGCUCAGGCUCAUGCCGAGGCUUGAGCCUGAGCCACUGCGCCACUUCGCAGUUCUUCGAAACCGAUGCUGGGCUUCGCAGGCCCUGUGUGCCUCGGAAAGGAGGCUGCGAAAUGGACUCGGCGAACUUCUGCCCGGCAUGGCAGCCACUUUGCGUCGAGACCUUCCAUGGUCAGAAGGUGCCCAUCCUCCAGGCCGCGGCUCUUUCCCCGAGCCAAGGCUCCACAGUGACGAGUACCCUCGCAACAACAACCACGAUGUCGACGCACACCUUGCCCAAGCCACACUCGGCAGGUCCGAGCAGCAUUUCGAGACCCACUUCCACGGGUCAGCCGACCGGAACUCACGCAGGCACAGGUAGUGAGGACUCCCCGCCGCCGUUCUGCUUCACGCUCUGUCAGAAGACGGACGUGCGGAGCGUGAAUUCAUCUUGCGCCGCCCUCUCCCUGACAUCUUGUGCUUCGGGGCAGUUCUUCGAGACCGACGGUGACGGAAAGCGAUGUGUCUGCAGACGACAGGCAGACCACUGCGAAGUCGAUAGAUCUGAGGUGUGCGACGAAUGGUGGCCCCUCUGUCAGGUAUCGCAUCACAGCGAGGCGGUUGUCAAGCUCCACUAUGACAGUGACACGCCAGCUCCAUCUCCAGUCUCGGGCUGCUUCCUGUACUGCGACAAGAUCAACACCAGGAGCCGAAACCAGUCGUGCCACGAACUUAGCCAUGCAGAAUGUCACAGCGAGGUCUUUUACGAGACGGACCACGAGGGCAGCCGCCGAAUGUGCCAGCCCGUGGGUUCAGGCUGCGCUGGAAACAACAAGACCCUCUGCGAGGCUUGGCAGCCGAUCUGUGACGUCAACGUGCACGCUCGCAUCGCGCCUGCCCACCCGCCCGUGGCAUCUUCGGACUCGCGGCUGGUGCGGUCUUCUCAUAAAGCUUCGGCAUCUUCGCCGGAAACCACCUCGAUGGCUCCGUCCAGGGGUGACCUUGCCUCGAUGUCUCCAGCAGCGAAAGAGCCAGCUUCGAUGGCUCCGCCUCCGCCUGCGUCCAUGGCCCCACCGUCGACGGACGGUGCAGCCAUCGUCAGGGCCCUGCAUGGCGAAGCGACAAGCAAAGUGCUCGCUGGGUCUGUGGCAGCUCUUCUCGUUGCUCUGAGCUGA